CCUGGAGUGAUGCUUGUUGUGGGAAAUAUGCACUGUGCUACUCGGCUGGGACUGGGACUGGGACUGGGACUGGGCCCACGGUAACGGAACAAGGGCGAAAGAGACACCGUUCCCUUUUAUGUGGAGAUGUGACAUCUUUCUUCAGGGGCCCGAUAAGCCCGGGACCAGGACGAAAGGUGGAGGGCGGGGGAGGGACAUUUGUCGGAUUGCUGAGCCUCAGAACCGCCACCGCCGCCGCCAGACAGACAGACGGACAGCACGGAGCUGUUGCGAUGCGGUAGCUAAAACAUGGACAGCAGAGUCAAGGAGAACCCAGAGAGAACGUUUGAUUUGAUAUUGCAUGUGGCUUCUUCAGCAACUAAAAAUGCGGAUCCAACCGUGCUGUGGAGCUUCCCCCAGGACUACACCGACCAGGAGGUGCUUCAGACGAUACCAAAGUUCUGCUUUCCCUUUGACAUGGAAAGAGUGUCCCAGAGUCACGUUGGACAGAACUUCACCUUUGUGCUGACGGAUAUCGACGGGAAGCAGAGGUUCGGGUUCUGUCGUCUCACUCAAGGUUGCAAAGUCUGCAUUUGUCUUCUCAGUUAUCUCCCAUGGUUUGAGAUCUACUACAAGCUGUUGAACACCCUUGCAGACUACCUAACAAGACAACAGAAUAACGACUUGAAUGACAUGCUGAACUCUCUCUAUGAACUUCCCGUGCCAAAGCCCUUCACGCCAGUCAACCUGAGUGUGAAUGAGCAGUUGUAUAUUGCCACUGGGCAAGUACUGAGAGAUCGGCCAAGCAAGGAACCGCACUCCUACUUCAUCGCCCCGGAUAUCAAUGGCCUGCCAACUAUCCCAGAGAGCAGAAACCUGACAGAAUACUUUGUGGCCGUGGAUGUCAACAACAUGCUGCAACUGUACAGCAGUAUGCUUCACGAGCGGCGCAUCAUCAUUACCUCAAGCAAGCUGAGCACUUUAACGGCGUGUGUGCACGGUGCAGCUGCUUUGCUCUUUCCAAUGUACUGGCAGCAUAUCUUCAUCCCUGUGCUGCCCCCGCAUCUUCUGGACUAUUGCUGUGCCCCAAUGCCAUACUUUGUGGGAGUUCAUUAUAGUCUGCUGGAGAGAGUACGCGGUCGGUCCCUGGAGGAUGUGGUCAUCCUGAACGUGGACACUAACACACUGGAGAGUCCCUUUGACGAUCUGCAUAACCUUCCGGGUGACGUGGUGUACUCUUUGAAGGGCAAGCUCAAGAAGCAAUCAACGGCAACAGGAAGCGGCGUGGCCAGGGCCUUCCUGAGAGCGCAGGCCGCUCUCUUCGGCUCCUACAGGGACGCUCUCCGAUAUAAACCCGGGGAGCCAAUAACGUUCUGCGAGGAGAGCUUUGUGAGCCAUCGCUCAAGCACCAUGAGAAACUUUUUGUCCAUGGCUGUCAACCUGCAACUCUUCAAACAGUUCAUCGACGGACGGCUGGCCAAAUUGAACGCAGGCCGCGGCUUCAGCGACGUGUUUGAAGAAGAGAUCACAGAAGGGGGCUUUUGUGGAAGUAACGCAAAGUCCUACCAACAGUGGAUGCAUACUGUCAAGAGGGGAGGAGCGCUCAUCAAUACAGCGGUGAUAAAGGCCAAAAGUCACGCCAAGAGGGGCAUCCGGGACAUUAAGGGACGACUUAAAGCGCGGGAGGACGAGGAGGAAGGCAUGACAGUCUGUGCCGGGUCCCCCACUAGUACCAAGAGCCUGUCUCCAAGGCGACUGCAAAGGAUGAGACGGUCACAGCAAAACUUCAACAAGUCUCCCAUGAGCAUGGGCCCUCGAGAGCUUGGCUACGGGCUUGAUGAUGACGAGCUGGACAGUGCGAGCAAGAUCUCAUCAGAGGACAGCGGCGAUGUCCCGUCAUACACGGAGGAGGACAGCGAUGACUCGUACUCCUUGGAACUGGACAUGGACCCCUCUCAAUCAGGCAAGAUGAACCUGCUGGAGGAGAUCCUGGACUCUCUGAACACCACCACCAUGGAGCAAGGCAAGCUCAGUGCAGCCAAGAGCCUGGACUUCUUCAGGUCCAUGGAGGACAUGGACUACCAAGCCCCGAGUAAGGUAAACGCCUCGGGCGACUGUCAGCCGUCAGAGGAAAGGGCUUGCGAUGGAGGGGGGGAGCAGGGGGGCUGGAACAUGGGUCAGGAUGAUAGCGCGGUCCACGGGAAGCACCUCCCCCCGUCCCCACGCAGACAGCCCACCAAGAGCAGCCUGAAGAAACCCCCCGUGCCUCCUGCGCCUGCCACACAAGAGCAACCCGGUCCACGUCCUCUACCUCCGGGGAGACAAGCGCGAGACCGCUUCUCCUCCUCGCCGUCAGCAUCUCGCCCAAUUACAGCCACCGCGCCGUCGCCGACUUUGUCUCACGCGGCUUCGCUUCCCAGCUAUUCCCCGCUGCCGGCGGCCCGCGCUCGGACCGUUUCCGAGCCCCAAAGCAGCACCGAGCCCACUCCGGCUCAGAACCCGACGGGCUCCACCGGCAUCUUGAGGAGGAAAGUGCUCUCCAAGGAGACGGUGAAGCACUAUAAGGAGAAGUCUUUGAAGAGGCAGGGAAGCAGGGAGAGCAGGGCCAGAUGUUCUGUGCAGGUCCCCUGGGAGAAGGACAACACGGAGGAACCGCCGGGUCCGGUUCACGCAAAAAGCCCGGGGGCGUCCAUGGAGGAUCGAGGCCUCCUGGAGGAGAUCGAGUCCAUGUGCUGCGUCGGGCCGGUCCUCCACAGCGGCCUGCAGCUCUCGCAGGUUCACUGCAACAAUAGCCACCACGGCAAAGCCGCAGAGCACUCGUAACUUUCUGAGCGGACAAGCCGCUACGGAGUCGCUCCGUGUCAACGGCGGGAAGAAUUAGCGAGAAAUGUGAGGACGGGACCUGGAGGUGAAAAAACAGGAGAAACUGCUAGACAAUAACAAGAUCUUAUCCAGGGACUGAUUUCUACAACUGAUGCAAGAAGUAAAAAGAUAUUGGCAACACGCUACAGGUGCAUCUCAAUGAAAUAAAACAUGUCAUUUAUAUUAAUGGUUGUAACUCACAGUUAAUGAAAACCAAAAUUUUAAUCUGUGUAAUAUCUAUUCCACGUUUUGAAUUCAACGAUUCAAAAUGUUCUACCGUGUUCGAAAUGAGAUGCACCUGUAAAUGGACAAAAGUAUUGGGACACAAUGACAGCUACAUGGUCUCGGUAGUCCAAUCGCCGAUCGAUCAAUUUAACGAUUAGUAGGCGUUGUCCCAAGACUUUUGUCUGUAUAAUCUCCUGCAAAUUGCACAUUUUUGUUUUGAGUAACAAGAAAAAAAAAAUGAUGACACCAGGAAUGCCAACUUUAGCGCUCAUGUUGCAUUUUUCACAUUCCAGAAAAGAUGUCUCCAAACGGGACGGACAAUGUCCCGUCCCAUCGUCAUGUCAAAGGUCGUCACAUUUCAGAUGAACAAAUCGAGCCCCCCCCCAACCCAACCCAUCCACAAGUAUUUCAAGUAAUAUCAAGAAAAUGAAAAUCAGCGGUCCUCAUGAGCCUUGGUAAGCACCCUUUCUUGUCACCAUGCCUUAAGCGGACAUGUGAUGUGUUCAUCUCCGGAGCGCCUCGUAGGUACUCAAUCGUGCGUGACAUCUCUCAGACGUGAACGGUACUUUAAGCGUCUUUGUGUGGACGGGCGGAAUACUGACUGUGUGUAUCCUGGAUGAUGUGCUUUAAGCUGCUCGUCAAAGUUGCAUUCCAGAUAAUCAACUGCGCAUGGAGACACUCACAAGGGACGUCCAUGUGAAGAAUAACUUUUUUAUUUUUAGAACCUUUUUCAUCCUGCACCAUGUCGCUUGCACUCUCCUUAUUGUCGUGUCUUCCAUUUUGUGUUGUUUCCAUUUCCUAUCCCGUUAGUUGCUAGAGCAUUUAUUCAGUGCCCGUGUACUAGUACGAUCAUUGCACUAGUAGAACGACUUGGACGCACUAGUCAAGUUUUGUUCUACUACUGUAUGACAUUUCUGUCCUCAAGUAGAACAAAUGUGGCAUUUUAGUAGAAUUUUAUAAUACCAACCAUAGCUCAUAGUUGUCAACUAGUGCCGUUUUUCCUCACUAGUAACAUGUAACUGUCCUACUAGUAUGCCAAAGACGAUUCAGUAGAAUUUCCAGCAGCCACUGCCUUUUGCGCACAAGUAGGGCAACUACAAAAAACAACUAGUGCAGUAAAACUUUGCACUAGUGGACAUCUGCAUGCUACUAAUACCACUGAAGUACUCGUGGCACACAGUUGUUAACUCAUGCAGACUUUUGCCUCACUAGUUGAGCGCACUAGUAGACCAAUUAAGUUGCGCUAGUAGAUGUCUUUCCUUUUCUUUACCACUGCCUUUCACUACUGUAUAACAUGUAUGCUCACUAGUUGAGCAACUUUGGCAUACUAGUAAAACAACGACAUGUUAGUAGUGUGGCAGGACUACUCGUGGGCAAUUGUGGUGCUAUUAUUAAGGUGCAGGCGGCUACUAGUGUAUGUGACAAAGAGCAUACUAGUACACGACGGCUCCGACAGCUUUCCUUAGCUUCCAGUCGCACACUGAUGAUAGCGUGUUUGAUUGUACUGCAGCUCAGACCAUACCACAUCCAUGGAACGUGGAGAGUCUGACUUUCCCCGCCCCCCCUUGUGCUUGGUAUGAUGCUAUUCCCGUUCAUGUGAUUUCAACCAGACGCCAGUCAGCCUGGCACUUUAACAGCGGCCAUUUCUCAGAUUGCCGCCGCUGCCCCGUUAACGCUUUGCUCGUAAAGUGGCUGGCGGGCGGCCAUCGAAACGAGCAGACCUCGUAACUCCCAUAAAAAAAAAAAGUCGAAAUCCAGAGUCAAGCUCACAGCGGCGGCGGCGGCGGCGGCCCUACUCACUGACACACGUUCAAACACAUAGUGACUAUGCAAACAUUUCCAAAAAAACUGAAAAGGUCAUACUUUUGACUACUUGAAGAAAAAAAAGAACAAUCAAGUUAGUUUCUAAUGGGAAUAAGCCACAUGUCGAGCGUGUGCGUUUGUGUGUGGUGUGCCUUAUAAUAAUAAUACAAGAGGAUACCUGGUACAGUAUUAAAAGCACGCUAGGAGUAUGCAAUGUGGAAAUCAUCAGAUGCUCCUUUGAUUGUUUCAUGAGUGAAAGUAGUUUGAACCAAAUGACCUGAAAUGAACUCAGGUGAUAUUUUUCUGACAGGAGGAACCUCCUGGCAUUUUAUUUGAUUUAGUUUUGUUUUUUUACUUUUGCUAGAUAGACAUCUUUUUCAUUUUCUUACUCCAUUAGUUUACGAUUUUUUUUAGCUAAUUCGCUUCGUUUUUUUGGUCAACAAAAACUAAAAAAAAAACGCAUUUAAAAAGCUUUCUCAGAGGUCUUCAUUUCAAAACAAAAAAAAUAUUUUCAGCUGACUAGACAUGUAUUUUUUUCUUGAGUAUAUUUUACAGAAAUAAUAUAUAAUUGGUGUUAUAUGUUGUAAAUAACACCCAAUUUGAAUGUUUUAGAUGUUAUUUUUUAAAAUUAAAAAAAGAAACGAUAAUAUAAAAUAUACUGCCCUAAAUCCUCACUCUCAUUUCUGCCCGCAUGUUCAGACUCGGUUCUUAUUCGCUUGACAGAUUGUGGUUCAUUCAUAAUUAUUGAUAUUUAUCGAAAUAUUUAGCAAGUCAAUCAAAAAAAAAAAAA